AUGGAGGAGACAUAUUUCAUCUCUCAUGGAUCCCCAACUCUGUGUAUAGAUGACUCGCUGGAAGCCAGGGGAUUCCUGAAGGGUUUCAGGGAAAAGGUACUGAGCUUGAAGCCCAAAGGGAUUUUGAUGGUGUCUGCACAUUGGGAUACCUCAGAACCGUCUUUGACUACAAAUCCUGGCAAGUAUGAUACCAUUCUUGACUUCUAUGGCUUCCCAAAGCCCAUGUACCAGCUCAAGUACCCUGCACCAGGAGCUCCAGUACUGGCGAUGAAGGUGAAGAAACUGCUCACAGCUGCCGGUUUCAAUGAAGUACAGGAGGAUAAGAAACGUGGUUUGGAUCAUGGAGCAUGGGUUCCCCUUAUGCUUAUGUAUCCAGAAGCUGAUAUACCUGUUUGUCAACUCUCUGUCCAGUCAAGCCGGAGCGGGACUUACCAUUAUGAAAUGGGAAGAGCAUUAGCCAAUCUCAAGGAAGAAGGCUACCUUAUCAUUGGUUCCGGUUCCGCCACACACAAUUUAAGAACCCUCAGUUCUUCCAAUAAUGUUGCUUCCUGGGCUUUAGAAUUUGAUACUUGGCUCAAAGAAGCCCUUCUGGACGGAAGGUAUGACGAUGUUAACCACUACGAAGAAAAGGCGCCUCAUGCAAGAACUGCUCACCCUUGGCCGGAGCAUUUUUAUCCAUUGCAUGUUGCAAUGGGUGCUGCUGGUGAGAAAUCAAAAGCAGAACUGAUUCAUCAUAGCUGGAGCGCGGGCACCUUCUCAUAUGCAUCCUACAAGUUUGUUUCAUCCAAGGAAAUGUAA